AUGCCUUCCCUAUCCCAGCUCGUGUCUCAAAUCCCUCUUCUCUCAUCCCUGCUGAAUCACCAACCCUCGCUAGGACUCAACCACGACAGCGCCCAUUUCCCAUCAUCAUCCCCAUUGCUACCAAACCAGCACUCCUGCCCCAACCCGCCCGCCCUCUCCUGCCCUACCUCACCCCCAGACUCGCUGAACACAUGCUGCGUCAACCACCCGUCCGGCCACUUCCUGCAGACCCAGUUCUGGGACACCGCGCCACCCAUUGGGCCCAACACAUCAUGGACCGUCCACGGCUUAUGGCCCGACCUGUGCACGGGCGGGUUCGACGCCUUCUGCGACUCGUCCCGCACUCACUCCGACAUACCCGGCGUAUUGAGUCGGGCCCUAGCGGACAGGGGUGACCCCAGUCUGAUCGCCGAACUGCUCGACUUCAUGCGCACCUACUGGCUAUCCUACGACGGGGACGACGGACACCUGUGGUCCCACGAGUGGAACAAACACGGCACAUGCAUCUCGACGCUCGAACCGAACUGUUACGAACCGCCAGAGACUCUCUCGCCGGACGGCGAUCGUUCCGACCAUCCCCAUCAUCACCAUCUCGAUGUACUGGAUUAUUUCAUCCACACGACGUCCCUAUUUCGCACGCUGGAUACGUACUCAACCCUCGCGGAGGCGGGGAUCCUCCCAAGCGCCACGAAGCGAUACACGCUCCGCGAUCUCGAAGACGCGGUCUCUUCCUCAGCCCACGCCCAGCCCGUCACCUUCCGCUGUAACCACAGGGGCGAACUAAACGAGAUCUGGUACCACUUCAGUGUGAAGGGCUCGCUUCGACACAGCACGUACGCGCCCAGCAGUGACUCGGCCCCCACCUCACCAUUCCUCAACGCGAGCACGGUGCACGGACACUUCGUCCCCGCCCCACCCGAUGGGAUCUCAUCAAACUGUCCGCGCCGGGGAAUUAAAUACCUGCCUAAACAUGCCUCCUCACCUUCACCCACAGCCACACAUUCAACGUCACCGCCGGAACCCACAGCUCCGGCCCCGCCCUUUACCGGCAAGGGCCACUUAGAGAUGCACGUCCUCGAUGACACCCCCGGAAAGAAAGGUUGUCUCAUCCGCCACGGCGAGUGGUACACGUCAGGCCAAUGUGCCACGUUCCGCUCCAAGCGCGACGUCGUUGACCCCGGACACGCCCCGCUAUUCUCCCUCUCCUCGUCCUACUCGCCGUGCCUCGUCAAUCCAGCCACGAGUAAAUUCGAGUGCACGAGACAAGCCUCUGUGCAGGGCAUUUUCUCGAGUAGUGCUGAGGAUGAGAAGGUCCUGGCUUAUCGAAACAGCAGUGUCUUUUGGGCAGAGAGGGUGCCAAGCCGGUUUGACAAAGUGCAUAUCUUUGCGGACGAUGGCGGCGGCCAGAGGCAGGUACAGAUGGAGAUUCAUUGGGUUCCUGUAUAA